CUGUAUGUAAGAAGAGCCCUUCACUCUUGCUGACGGAGGGUCUCAUACACAGAUCUCUGUUCAUGCGGUAGGGUCAACGCAACAUCAUGGACGUUCUGGAAGUCCUCAAUCUGGGCGAAAUUGCCCAGUAUUUCUCGAAAAUGGCGAUGUUUCCAGUUUUCGAUCUCGCUUAUUAUAUCGUGUCAAUACUCUACCUCAAAUAUGAGCCAGGUGCCAUUGAUGUGUCCCGUAAAAGUCCAGUUGCCUCCUGGCUCUGUGCUAUGCUGUACUGCUUCGGGAGCUACAUACUAGCAGACAUCAUGUUGGGUGUGUCUCCCAUCGACUAUUUCCAUAACAAUAGUCACAUCCUUCUGGCCUCAGCUGUCUGGUAUCUGAUCUUCUUCUGCCCUCUUAACCUGUUCUACAAAUGUGUGGCUUUUCUGCCUGUGAAACUCGUGCUGGUUGCCAUGAAAGAAGUUGUUAGAACACGGAAAAUUGCUGCUGGAGUCCAUCACGCUCACCAUGCGUAUCACCAUGGCUGGCUGAUCAUGGUCAUUACUGGUUAUGUCAAGGGGUCAGGGGUCGCUCUGAUGUCUAAUUUUGAGCAGCUGUUGCGAGGAGUGUGGAAGCCAGAGACCAAUGAAAUUCUCAACAUGUCAUUCCCUACCAAGGCCAGUCUGUAUGGAGCUAUUCUGUUCACUCUUCAGGAGGCUCACUGGAUUCCUGUGACUAAGAGCACGCUCAUCUGCCUCUUCACACUCUUCAUGGCCACAUCCAAGGUGGUUAUGACGGCCCGACACUCUCACGGAUCGCCCUUCACCCUCAUUGAGUCCUGGGUGUGCCACUUGCUGUUUGGUUCUGCCCUCAGUAGUGACGAUUCCCAUGAUCACCAUCACGCCUCACCGGCCACUAUCCCCACACCCCUCUCUCCUGCCAAAACAAAGGAGGAAUUGAGUGAAGGAACCCGCAAGAGGAAGUCAAAGAAAGCAGAGUAGAGCAUCAGCACAAAAUCAUCCAAACAAGAAACAGAGAGGCUUGUGAUAUAACAGAGAGGCUCAGCUCUGUUUGAGAAAGGAGGGGAUUUGAUGUUAAAGCAAUUCAAGGUUCUCUUACAAUGGUGCUUUUAAUGACAGGCAAGCCGCAUGGGACUCUGUAUAUAACUUCCCAACAUCAGUGUCUUUAUUUAUUUUUCACCAUUUUCCACCAUUGAAGCCCCAUUUUUCCCAUCUGCUGAAGUAUGUUAUGAACAGAUGCAUGAAUAAAUGAAUGAAUGAAAGGCGUGAGAGUUAAAUCUUCCUCCAUUCGUUUGAAUUCAGUCUUCACAGAAGGGUCCAUCCAAACUUAGUAAAUCACAGUUUGAAUUCCCACUUCCACAGCACACAGAUGCUUUUUACAUCCAAUAGACUGGAAAAAAAUAACAUAUUUUCAAAGAUAAAUAAAAUUAAUAUUUUUCAGC